AUGGUGGCCCGGGGGUGCGCAGGGGACGAGCUCCCCGGAUGGUUCAUCGAGGACGCGGGCAGCGGGAUGCUCUACAAGCGGGGACGGCUCCUGGGAGAGAGCAGAGCAGGUGCCUGGGGCCAGCGCCAGCCACGUCCCCUGGGCUCCUUGGCCCUUGGUGAAGGGCACGUAGCCGGGCACCCCCACCCCCGGGACCCCCUUCUGCCACAGCCUCUCGCCCCUCGGCUGGCCCCGGGGUGCCGGGGGCUGCUCACUCCUGUGGGAUCAUCUUCGCAGGGCACCUUCGGGCGCUGCUACCAGCUGACGGAGGUGGCCAGCGGCAGGGUCUACGCUGCAAAGGUCAUCCCACGAGUCCGGCUCACCACCGUGGGCAUCGGGGAGAGGGUGGAGCGGGAGCAGGAGCUGCACAGCCGCCUGCGCCACCGGCACAUCGUCCGCCUCCACGGGCACUUCGCCGACAGCAGCCACGUUUACCUGCUGCUGGAGUACUGCAGCCGGCGGUCCCUCGCCGACAUCCUGCGGGCCCGGGGGAGGCUGACGGAGCCGGAGGUGCGGUACUACCUGCAGCAGAUCAUCUCGGGGCUGAGAUACCUCCACGGACAGGGCAUCGUCCACCGGGACCUCAAGCUGAGCAACUUCUUGGUGACCGAGAAGAUGCAGGUGAAGAUCGGGGAUCUGGGGCUGGCACAGCGGGAGGCACCGGCUGGACGGCGCUGGGGGGCGCUCUGCGGAACGCCCGGCUACCUGGCCCCGGAGGUUUUGGACCGCAAGGGACACGGGGUGCCCUCGGACGUCUGGGCCCUGGGCUGCGCCAUGUACACGGCGCUGACAGGCAGCCCCCCGUUCGAGGCGGCUCACCGGCAGGAGCUGUACCGGCGCAUCCGUGCGGCUCGGUACCCCGCUGCCCCCCCACCUCUCGCCCCAGCCCGGGCCCUCAUCGCCCGCUUGCUGGCCCCCGAGCCCGUGGCACGGCCCAGCCUGCGGGACGUGCUGGACCAUGGAUUCUUCACCCAGGUGCGGGGCCGGCACGGGGGACACAGCCCACACGGACACGGCGGGGGGACGGGGGGUGUCAUUGCCUCUUGCUCCCCAGGGCUUCACGCCGGACAGGCUGCCGCCUCACGCCUGCCGCUUGGUGCCCAUCUUCGUGGGACAGGACCCACUGUGCAGACUGCUGCGGGGGGCUGCCACGGCGCUGGUGAGGGGGUGGCCGUGCCGGGAGCGCUGGGACUCACCACCCUGUCAUCCCGGAGGACAGCCAUCUUCCCCCUGCAAAGGAGAAGCUUCCUCGGCAGGACCUGA